AUGAAGGCCGCAAAGCAUGUUGGUUUUGACAACGGUAAGGCUGGUCACGAUAUGGGCGUGCCGCAAACCGGCCAGAAGCUCAAGAAUUCCUCCAGUGGUAAUGGUGAUGACACAGCAUCCGCAGGUCUGAUGAAGAUGAGUUAUGUGAUUGAAAGGGUAAAGAGGAACUUGCAGAGGGAUAGUUACGACGCGUCGUUUGAAGUUGCCGGCGCUUCACGAUAUAUGCGUUUCUACUCAGUCCAAGGCCACUCACAUACGGAAGAUACUUAUCUGGCAUCAUUACCGUUACUCAGUACUUUUGGCAAUCCUCCCCAACAGAUGAUUAUAGAGGAUAGCACUGUCAUCACCGCUGUCGCCAAAGAACACGACGAGGCUAGAAGAGACUAUGAGAAUGCUGUUCAACUCAGGCAGACUGCUGGCCUCGUCGAGCUUGUAAUCAAUGAUAAUCAGUUUACUGACUUCAUUGCUCAAUGUCUCACUGGCUGUUUGCUACAGUCUUCUCCAUCUCUGUUGGAGCCCUUCCUGCAGUAUGUGCUUGACCUCAUGGAGGACAAUCUACUGACCAGAUCAGACUGCAGAUCCCAAUGUCAUAAGAGGGUCCUGCCUCAUCGCACCAGCAUUUCUGUCGAUAUCCGCAUGCAAGGUGCAGUCAGAAGCAUUGCCAGCCCAUUCCACCUGACGCUCUCCAUUUUGGAUGACGGGUCGAGUGUGACAACUUGUAGCUCGCGAUACCUCUCCCAAGACUUUGUCUUGUGCAUUGCUGCCAAUGGACUAGACGCCCCGCGCUGCACUGUGGAGCUUGCGAUUGCUAUGCAGCUGAACAUUGUGCCCAAGUUCAACCUACUGCCAAUUGUGAACCAAGAAUACAUCUUCCUGGUCACGCUGAGCUUGAUGUGA